AUGCAAUAAUUUUUUGAAAUAUCAGAGAAAAACACAAGCACAAAAAAUUAAAAGAAUUUUUAAAUCUUGAUUAUUAAAUCCACAAUAAAAGUACCACCAUUUCUUUAUUGAUUUAGUGUUCAAGUUCCCCGGUUAUUAGGAUCAAAACAGACCAUCCCAGAAUGGACUUCACAUCUCAGAUUUGGAAGAUGGAAUCACAGAAGAGCAACUCUUUGUGGAGUUUAGAAAAUACGGAUAGAUUAGCUAUGUCAAAUUGCACAGGUAAAAAGAGAUCUCACUGUAAUUAGAUAUCAAUUCAUUGGGAAGUCAAAGCAUUAUGCCUUCAUCUAUUUUUCAUCCUAAGAAGAGGCAAGGAAAGCAAAAGAGGCAAUGAAUUACAAAUAGCUGCUUA